GUCGAAACAAAAAUCAAAAGGGGGCUAGAUAUGUUCUUACUAGUAUCUUGAUAGAGAAAAUUGAAUAAACAGGACCACCUGCAUUAAGUUACUGAGACACAUAUGAUGGACCCCCGUUACAAUAGCCAGAAUAUCCCCCUCUGUGACCUGUGUCAAACAGCUGCAUUACAGAGUCAUUGUGAACUUUGUCAUGUAAAUCUUUGUCUACUGUGUGUUGGAAAACAUCUCUCUGAUUCAUCAAAAAGACACCAUGUUGUACCAUACAAACUUAAAACGUCUACACCUAAAUACCCUAAAUGUCCAAACCACAACCAGAAACACUGUGAACUUUACUGUGAGAAAUGUGACAUUCCUGUCUGUUCUACCUGCAUCUCCUCUGGGAAACAUAAAAGACAUGAUUUAUCUGAUAUUGUGCAGCUACUUAGAUUAAAAAUAAAUGAUUUGCAAGAAAGUCUUAAAGAGCUAGAGAAAGACAUCUGUCCAAAAUAUGAAGAAAUUAAGUUACAUUUAAAGUCUGAAAAAGUCAACUUGGAAAAACACUACAAACAACUUACAACAGCUGUCACCAAACAAGGAGAAGACUGGCACAGAGAAAUUAACAUCAUUGUCAACAAACAGAAAUCUGAAAUUGAUGAGAUGAAAACUAAACACGUGGCUGCUCUACAUAAACAUGAAAAAGAAAUCGAACGGAUUGCUUUUGAUGUUAAACAGAGCAUACUUGAUUUAAGGAAAAUACUGGAAACCAAUGAUGUUUCCCUAACCUCCGCAUACAAAUCAAGGAAUGCUGAAUUCAGAAGGUUACCCCCUAAGGUCAAUGUUACAUUACCAAGUUUCUCGCCCCAUCAGAUUAAAACAGAACAGCUCCAUCAAAUGUUUGGUUCUCUGUCAGCAUUAUCCAUUACAACAGAAGAACAUGGCUACACAAUGAAGACACCAGAAGCUGUAUCCUGUCCUCCAGUCAAACCACUGCUUGAUGAACCAGAGCUCAUCACCACCAUAAACACCGAUUAUGGCCAAAUGUGCAGCGUUACCAUGCUCAGUGAUGAAGAAAUUUGGACAUGCGGGAAAGAAAAUAUUAUGAAACUCUUUAACCUCCAGGGUGAACUACUGAAGUCAAUCCAAACGAAGUCAGGGAAAAUUCCAUGUGACAUAGCAGUGACAAGGAGUGGAAAUCUAGUUUAUACCGACUCUGAUAGAAGAACUGUAAACAGAGUGAAGAAUGAACACAUAAAAAAGGUGAUCAAACUGCAAGGAUGGAGACCUUACCAUGUCUGUAGUACCUCCUCUGGUGACCUCCUGGUUACUAUGGACAGUGAUGAAGAUAAACAAUCAAAAGUUGUCCGUUACUCUGGCUCCACAGAGAAACAAACCAUUCAGUUUGAUAGUGAAGGCAAACCUCUGUAUUCAUCUGGGUACUUUAAAUACAUGUGUGAAAACAGAAACCUAGAUAUCUGUGUGGCCGAUUGUGAAGCUCAAGCUGUAGUGGUGGUUAAUCAGGCAGGAACACCCCGAUUUAAAUACACUGGUCAUCCCUCUACUACCAAGGAGGAAGAAUUCUAUCCACAUGGAAUAACAACAGACAGCCAGAGUCAGAUCCUCAUCGCAGACUAUUAUAACAAAAGUGUCCACAUCAUAGAUCCGGACGGACAGUUCCUCCGUUUCAUUGAUAACUGUGAUCUAGAGCAUCCGUGGUCUUUAUGUGUAGACACCAGAGACAACCUCUUUGUGGCCGAGAAUAUGAGUUGUAAAGUGAAGAAAAUCAAAUACGUGUAAAAAUAAAAUAUAACCAUGCAGUAACUGUGUAUUAACAUGAUUGUUUUAA